GAGAAAACACAGAGUUCUAAUGGACGUGAGCAGCAAAGUUGUGGUGCAGGUGUUGUUGUUGGCGUUGGUGGUUCAGGUCACCCUGUGCCAGCACUGGUCCUAUGGAUGGCUACCAGGUGGAAAAAGAAGUGUGGGAGAGCUCGAGGCAACCAUCAGGAUGAUGGGCACAGGAAGAGUGGUGUCUCUUCCUGAAGAUGCAAGUGCCCAGACCCAAGAGAGACUUAGACAAUACAAUCUAAUUAAUGAUGGCUCCACUCACUUUGACCGAAAAAAAAGGUUUAUGAGUCAGUGAAGAAGUCGCCUUGAAUCUCAGCACUACUGAUGGAUCUCCUAAGCUGACCAUAAAAAAGAAAUCACAACUAACAAAGCUUUAUGUGUUUGAAACCAUUAAAAAGUUGUAAUAAACAUUUAAUUCCUGAAAUUCUCAUAAUCCCCUAUUAAAUUCAGUUUAUUUACUACAGUUUGUAGAUUUGGUUACUUCUGAAAUGAAGCCACCAGUUCCCCUUUAGUAUCUUCAAGUGGGCUCUGUUGCCUUUGUGAAGCAUUCACGAGCGACAAACCUUGUGACACAACAAUCUUAUUUUGAUAACAGCUGGUGAUUAAGCCAAUUUAUUAGUUAUCAAUGACUUAAUUGAAUUUGUUCCACUUCCAGUAAUUCUAUUUUCUAACGCAGCACAGUCAUGUGCCCAUGCACUGUGGAAAAUUACCCCGGCUAAUUUCACUGCUCAUAUACAUUGUUGUUGAUUAGUCCCGUAAAUGAAAUAAAUUCAUAUAAACUUUU